AUGCUACUCAAUCUUUCGAUAAUUAUAAGUGUACAAAGUUUGAUUUCACUUGCAUGUCUUGUGAUUGUCUUCGUCAUCAAAACGCUUAUCAACUUAUCGCACGGAGUAUGCCGCAGCAACACAUGCCUCGUCGGAAAAACCGUUUUGAUAACUGGCGGAAAUGCAGGAAUUGGUUAUGAAACCGUUUUGGGAUUGGCUUCGAGAGGAUGCAGGAUUAUUAUAGCAAGCAGAAAUAAUACUCAGAAAUUAGCUGACAAUAUUACAAGAUAUACGAAUAACGGAAAUGUUGUGCUGAAAUACUUGGACUACUCUUCACUGGAUUCGGUGAGGCGUUUUGCCCAAGAGUUGAUGGAGGAGGAAAAGAAACUGGACAUCUUCAUCAACAACUCCGGAAUUCUUUCAAGCAAUGGCAACAUCUUCACGAAGGACGGACUGCAGCUGGUCAUGCAGAUCAACUACUUCGGACCUUUCCUUCUGCUGCACCUGCUCACUGAUCUGCUGAAAAAGUCUGGAUCAGCGCGUGUAGUGCUCGUCAGUUCGAUCGCCGCGUAUUUUUCCACUAUGGAUAUGGAGGACCUCAACAAUCCGUACAGAACUUCCACGUUUAAGAGAUCCACGUUGAAAGAGUACAUUGUAUAUUAUAAUAGUAAAGCGUGCAUCACGAUGGCGAGCACGGAGUUCGCUCGAAGAUGGAAAAGAUUCGGUAUAAGCGUGAAUUCUUUGCAUCCUGGAGGCACAAAUACAGGGAUUUACGACAACUGGCUUCAGUCCAAAUUCUUCAAAGGCAUUUUCAAACUCAUCUCUCUAUUCAUUUUGAAGAGCAAUCACCAAGCAGCUCAAACGACCCUACAUUUGGCCACCUCGUAUAAGCUUCGAAACACAACUGGUGAAUACUUUAUGGACUGCAAAUCGUAUCCCAUACCUCCGUUAUUUUGGAGCAAGAAAUUCCGUGAUAAAAUUUGGUUGGAAACCGAGAGACUGGUCAAGUUGAGAAGCGACGAACGAUUGGAUUAAGUUUCAUUUUAUUUCAAUUCUGUCGUUACAUGUGUCAAAUAAAAAAACUAAAAAUUAUUAAAUAA